AUGGAAGAUCAACCCCCAUCUGUGCAAGUUUCCGAGGACACAAGUGCUCACUAUACAAACAAUUAUGCGUGUAACGAUAAGGAAGAUGCAAAGAAGUGGACUCGAUCACAAGGGUUGAAAAAGAUGUGCAUCAUAGUCCAGAAUAAACAAGUUACAUCUACCACCUUUCAAAUGGUUUGCGAGUAUAGUGGAAAGUGUGAGAGCCAUUGGAAAAAGGGUAGUGAGCAUAAACCAAAAACCAUAAGGAAGAAGGGACGUUAUAAUACGAAGAAACGCGGAUGCCCUUUUAAGCUUCAAUUUAAAUAUAACAAUGAUAAGAAAGUGUGGUUUAUGGUGAAAGUCGCCUCGGGUUGUCAUAAUCAUCCUAUUCCGGAGAGCUUGAUCAACCAUCCUUAUUCGGCAAGGCUCAACCCCUUAGAAAAGGAGUUAGUACACGAGUUUAGUAAAAUACGCACAAGACCUAUUGAUACUCUCAGUGGCGUGAAGGUGUUGAACCCCCAAAACUCAUCCUCAUUGGCAACUAUCUAUAACGAAAGAGAAAAAUUUAGAAAUGAUACAUGGCAAGAGAGAGUGCUUAUGCAACAAUUAUUGUUUUUGUUUGAGGAGGAAAAGUAUUCUACCACCUAUGACACGAAUGAAGAAAAGGAAGUGGAAUAUCUUUUCAUCGCGAAUCCGGAAUGUGUACAAUUGACAAGAUGCUUUCAUCAAAUUCUCUUUAUGGAUUGCACGUAUAAAACUAACAAGUACAACAUGCCGAUAUUUAAAUUUGUUGGGCAAACAUCUGCCAAGUCAACAUUUACCGUUGCGUUUUGUUUCUUGAAAGACGAGACGAAGGAAAGUUAUAUGUCGGCAUUGCAAAAGGUGAAGUUAUUGUAUCAAGAAGGUUAUACUCCAAAGGUGUUGAUUACGGAUAAGGAGCAAGCACUGAUGUGGGCCAUACCACGUGUUUUUCCUAACACGUAUUAUCAUCUUUGCAAGUUUCAUCUAUGGAACAAUGUGCAAACUAAUUGCAAGAGGGUUAUUUGGCCAGCAAAGAGGACUGAGAUGGAGAGGAUUAAAAAACUACCGUUGGAGAAACAACAAGAAGAGAAAGAUAAGUUUGAGAUCAAUGACAGAAUAGCCGAGGUGAAAUGGGCGGAUUUUCAAGGUGAUUGGGAACAACUAAUAUGGUCGCUCACGGAAGAAAUUUAUUUCCUAAGAGAGCGUUUUGUAUUGGAAAAAUGGUCAACCUACCCGAAUGUUAUUACAUAUUUGAAGAACGAGUUAUUGGAUCCCCAUAAAGAAAAGUUUGUUAGUGCAUGGGUGAACCGUUAUAGACAUUAUGACAAUAAAGCCACAAGCACGGUGGAGUCGUCUCACCGUCGGUUCAAAAGUAAGUUAAAUGGUUGUGAAUGUGGAUUUGUUGUUGUUUUUGAAGCUAUGGUCGAGUAUUUCAAGCAUGAUCUUGAUAGAAUUAAAGGGGAUUUUGAAAAGAGCCGAUCUAGAAAGCUUAUCAAUUACAGGGAUAACCCUUGGCUCCGGGGAAUAAGUUUAUACGUUUCUCAAUUGGCAAUCCUAAAAGUUAUGACGGAAGUUGAGGCUUGGGAGGAAACUAAUUUUCCACCGGGAUUGAGAUGUAAUUGUCCCAUCAUGUCGGCUUUGGGCCUCCCAUGUAGGCAUGUGGUAGCCAAUUAUCCCACAAGAAUGAUUCCGAUCGAAGAUAUAGAUCCAUUUUGGAAACAACUAUUCAUUUAG